UUUUGAUAGUGACAUGUGGAUUGUUACAGCAUGGGAUGAUACACUUUGUUGUCAUCCUGAAGGAUGUUGAUAGCUGGAAGAAAUGUCACGUUUCCAAAAUGCACAGGAGCGCGUAAUAAGUUUAAUUUCCAGUUAUGUUGCGCUUAGUGAAUCUUCGACGUCACCAUCUCUUUUUUUGUCACUCCCAACUACAAACUGCAAAGUUGCUCGACAAAGAACACACUCGUUUUGUAAAGCCCAAGCGUAGUUGCCUCUACAGAAGAAUACUUUUUUUAACCGACGCAACAACGGGUAGAAAGAUGAGACUCGCACCUUUCUUGUGUUUCUUCAGUUUUAUUUGGUUGGCAGAUUGUGCACCACCGACAUGCUAUUCCCGAGUGCUUGGCUUGAGCAAGGAAAUAAUGGACCUUUUGGAAAAACUACACAAUUAUCAUCUCACGAAAACCUGCGUGGAGAUUCUGCCCAAGAUGUUUCUGGAUGUGCACAAUUCGUGCAUCGUGACCAAGCUCCGUGACUUCCUCUAUGUUGUGGAGAACCUUCCUACACAGUACUGCAGAGAGCGUCCCAGGAUCGCGUUGUUGAAGCGCAAAGUCAACAACCUGUACACAAUUAUCAACCGAAUCUGUUAUCGGGACCUAGUGUAUUUCACAGAUGACUGUGAGGCCAUUGAGACUGGACAGAGUACCCCUCGCUACGGAGAGGACAGGCUCCAGCUGCUGGUGGAAGAGAAGAGAUGAGCCCAUCCAGAGACAAACACACUCACGCUCACAUGUGCAAACAGCGCACGUCUCACACACACACACACACACACACAGGAAUGGAUGUGUGAGGGUAUGUAAACCCUGUUUCACUCAAAAUCACAUACACACACACAUACA